AUGAAUCCACAAGCUCAUCCUUUCAUUGGUCAAAAGUUUAUUGAUCCUUAUCUUCUUGCAAAUGAUGGUGAGUACUCUGUGGUAGUUAACAAAUCACAAACAAUUUAUGUCUAUCAAAACUCAUUGAUAAUUCAAGAGAAGAAAUUCCAAAAUCGUAUUCCCAUUACAAAGCUUGCACUUAGAGCAUUCGAAAUGACCUUAGCUAUUUUUGUCAAUCAAACACCUGAAGUCAUUUUAUUACAAGAUAAUGUUUUUACUACACUUAGAUUGCCAAUUUUCAUAAAUGCAAAGCAUGUAGGUAUCAAAAAUAGUGAUAUUGCCAUUAUUGGUGAUGAUCAUAACGUUUAUUCUUGGGAUAUAAUGAAUCAUUUAUGCAAAUUAAUAUUUACUAGUCAGAAUCCAAUAGUAGCAAUGCAAACAUCUACAGAUACAAUAUUUAUUCUCACUGAAGAAUCAUUCGUUGUCGUUUCAGAAAAAUAUCCAAUGUUAUCAAUUUCUUUACCAGCUUCAAAAGACGCAAAACUUGUAUCAUCAGCAGAUUUAAGAGCGUUCUUUGUUAUCGGAAAAGAGGAUUAUCUUACAUUACUCGUUGAUCCUCACGAAAUUACAAUGAGACCUCGAAUUUCAAUACCAGAGAACUGUAUCAGCUUUGCUCCGUUAGGUUAUAGUGGCAAGACUGUAUACGGAAUUUUCAAAGGCGACAAUUCAAAAACAAAAUUUAGAGUUCAUAAUUUUGGCAGAAACGAAUGGGAGCCUCCACAUGAUUUCCCACCUGUAUCCGUCAUGUGUCCAUCAUUUAGCUACGCCAUGGCCUGCGGGCCUCAGUUUUUGUUGGUAAUUCAUCAAUUGCCAGAACUUAUCGAUAAAAUUACUCAGCCAAAGGUCGACAUUAUCAAUGCAUUGUCGUCAAUUGGUAAUUCUAGCGAACGAGAAAUCUUCGAUGUUCUUUUAUUAAAUUUCGGUUUAUUAAACCUUGGUGCAAAGCUAAAACCAGGUAACUCCCAAUGCGAUAGACUUGUUCCACUAGUUCUUGACGAACUCUGGCGUCGCCAGCUCUUUUCCCAAUGGAGUUCAAUCGCAUUAAAGUGGCCUGAGCAUUUAAGUACUCAGGAAUCGGCCAAAUGCGUCAUGGAAAUUUCCAGUAACAAAGGUGUCCCGUUAGUACCAUUCGCAAAGAUCCUGGAAGCCAGUGGAAACAAAAAAGAAUCAUUUUUAUUAUAUCUUAAAGCAAAAGUGGCAAAAAAUGUCCUCGAACUACUUCCCUUUGCCGAAGAAAACGCUACGAAACACAUUCCUGAGCUUGUUGACAUCGUAAGAGAUUCAUUCAAAAAAGGUGACGAAGAUACGGCCAAUAAGAUCAUAAUGUUCUUUUGUGAGAAUGAUAUAACAAUUCCGCCGGAAGAAGUCCUCAGUUCUACGAAAUUUGACUGGAAAUUUAUUAAAAUUUAUUAUAAAACUUUUGACAGACCGCCACAAUGCGUCAUAGAAGCAUAUAUUACAGGUCUUGCAAUUAAUGAGUCAUCGAAUCUCAUGAAUUUCAUCCAAGGAAACCAGAAAAUUGACAAAAGUUCAAUUGCGCAAAAACUUCUAAGGUUAGGAUGCUUAAACGAAGCUGCUUAUUUAAUGAAAAUCGUAGACAAAGAGAAAUACAUUGAAUUCAUGAUCUACAGAGAACAAUGGGAUGAAUUAAUUAAUUUCCUCAAAAGUGACAGAGAUUUAAUUCCAUUUUCCAUCAAAAUCGUUAGUUAUGAUUCAUUGUAUUUCAAAGAGUUUUGUUCACGUGCGACUGAUUUAGAGAUUGUCUACUCAGACAUCAUCAAACACAUUCCUCCUGAAUGUCCUGCAGCAAAUCUCGCUGAUGGAUUCGCAAUUUUGGCUUGCGAAACUGCUUCUUCAACUCAUGUCCUCAAAUCCAAAGUUAAUUUGUCUAAUGAUGAAGUGUUCAACAUCCUCAAAAGCAGAAUUAAAUUCUAUAAGAAUCCAAAAGUUGUUACUCUUUAA